AUGGUCAACCCAAUGAAACCUGGUACAAGAAUCCAAGCUGUUAACCUAUUUUGCUUCGUUCCUCAGCCGUUGUUCUUCCUCACCGGUUUGGACGAAGUAGGAGAAGCCGCCAUGGUGAAGUAUUCCAGAGAACCCGACAAUCCCACUAAGUCCUGCAAGGCAAGAGGCUCCGAUCUCAGAGUGCAUUUCAAGAACACUAGGGAAACCGCAUUUGCCAUCAGGAAAUUGCCCCUGGUUAAAGCUAAAAGAUACUUGGAGGAUGUGUUGGCCCACAAACAAGCCAUCCCAUUCCGACGCUUCUGCCGUGGUGUGGGGAGGACAGCUCAGGCCAAGAACAGGCACUCCAAUGGGCAAGGUCGCUGGCCCGUGAAGUCAGCUAAGUUCAUCCUUGAUUUGCUGAAGAACGCUGAGAGUAAUGCUGAAGUUAAAGGUUUGGAUGUGGAUACUCUGUACAUUUCUCAUAUCCAGGUUAACCAAGCACAGAAGCAAAGACGCCGUACCUACCGUGCUCAUGGAAGAAUCAACCCUUACAUGUCAUCUCCCUGUCAUAUUGAGCUGAUAUUAUCUGAGAAGGAACAGCCUGUGAAGAAAGAGCCUGAGGCCCAGUUGGCAACAAGCAAGAAGAAGGGUGCUCUUCGAAGUGGUGCUUCAUCUUAA